ACAUCGCUCUUCUACUUAAUGAUGUAUGUGUCACCAUCUUGCCGUUCUUUUGUAUUUACGCUCUGUUGCCCGACAGCCGUCACUCUUUUUACUAGCAGAAUCACGUAUGUGUCCCCCGUUUCACAUUUCCUCUCGUCUAUCGUCCGACCCGAGUCACUCCUUUAUAUACCCCUUUCACCUCUUUCUUUUUAUCGUCCGACCAAAGUUACACCCAUCUCACCUUUCUCUGUCUUAUUAUCGUCCGACCCAGGUCACUCCCUCAUACCCCUUUCAUUUUUUUAUUUAUUCCCCAGCGUCCAUCUCUUCUUCCAAAUUUCGAGUCUACCCUCUUUCACUCGCCUGGACUCUUGAGGCGCCUGCCCUAUUCAGCCUCGCAUUGCUGUCAACUCGCAGCUCCAUACCCAGCCUAUUCCGUCGUAUCUGCCCCGGACUUCGCCCAUUCGUGCACCACGAUUUACACGCAGUUCCAGCCUAUUACAUUACGACUUCUUUUCCACAGACGCUUCGCCUCGAACGGAACUCCAUCCGUAACAUCAUUCACUUGACUCGUGAUACCGCGUCUGGUUUGUUUACAACUCAUCUCAUGCCUCUUUAUGCAUUAUGACAUUUCAUGACUCACGACACUUUAUGACUUAUGACACUUGUGACUUCCGACACUUUCUUAUUUAUCGUCCGACCCAUGUCACUCCUUCAUAUACCCUUUUCUUCAUUCUCCAUAUGCCACUUUCCCUUGGUUCUCUUACUGCUUCAUGACAUACGCCACCUUUUCCUCUACGCCUUAUGCCACCUUAUGCCACCCUUUCCUUUAUGUAUGCCUUAUGCCACCCUUUCCUCUAUGUAUGCCUUAUGCCACCUUUUCCUCUAUGUAUGCCCUAUGCCACCUUUUCCUCUAUGUAUGCCUUAUGCCACCUUUUCCUCUAUGUAUGCCCUAUGCCACCUUUUCCUCUAUGUAUGUCCUAUGCCACUUUU